AUGUUCCCGUGGUGCCACUUUGCUGUCACCCUGCUGCCCCCCCAGGACAUCAGCCUGGAGGAGUUCGAUGACGAGGACCUGUCGGAGAUCACGGACGACUGCGGCAUCGGCCUCAACUACGACUCGGACCACUACGAGAAGAGAGGGGACUGGGGACGCUGUCCCCCCUCGCGCGGGGAGCAGCCGCACCCCGUGUGCACCUUCCAGGACGACUUCCAGGAGUUCGAGAUGAUCGACGACAACGACGACGACGACGACGAGGAAGAGGAGGAGGAGGAAGGCAACGAGCUGGAGGCGCCGCCGUCCCCUUCGGCCUCGCCCAUCCCCUCGCCCGCCCUGGAGGAGACGCAGAAGCACCGCCCCACCACGCUCAACCUGACGGCCCCGGGCACUCAGGAUUCCCUGGACAACAACGGCGGCUUCGCCCCGCCCGCGCCGCGCCCCAGCUGGCAGGACGCGCUGCUGCACUCCUCCUCCUCCUCCUCUUCCUCACACACCGGACACUCGUCCCCCCACGCCUGCAUCCUGGACGGACCCUGCCUGGAGAGCCCGCCGGGCCCCGGGGGGGCUCCCCCCUCGCUGCCGCCCUCCCCCCUGGACUCGCAAGGCAACAGCCCCGAGUCCCUGCCGCAGCCGCAGCCGCGGCCCCCCCGGCCGGAGCGGGACGGGGCUCCCGCGGAGCCGCUCAGCUCCGACGGGGAGGGCGCCCGGUCCGGCCGGGCCGCCAGCGUGCGCGGCCACCCCUCGGGCUCCUCGGAGACCACCUCGCCCUCCUCGGACCCGGGCAUCGAGGCCGACCUCACGAGCCGCACGGCCAAGCCCUUCCUGCCCGGCGGGCGGCGCGGGGACGAGCUCAGCUCGCCCGGCUCCGACUCGGACGUGGACGGGGAGCUCGAGGCGGCUUUCGCCGGCGGGCGCCUGGUCAGCAACAUGAUCUCGUCCAUCUCGGAGACCGAGCUGGACCUCAGCAGCGACAGCAGCAGCGGCCGCUCCUCCCACCUGACCAACUCCAUCGAGGAGGCCAGCUCGCCCGGCUCUGAGGGCGAGCUGGAGCCCGAGCUGGAGGCGCCCGGCCUGCUGGGCAUCAAGGACUCGCUGCUGCUGGACAAGGGCAAGGAGGACGAGGAGGAGCCGGCCGAGAGGGGCCCGCCGGAGCGCGGCGUGGUCAGGAGGGAGAGCCUGGCCGAGCUGAAGAUGGACGCCUACUACGACAGCCUGGACCCGGCCGACGGCCCCGCGCCCGAGGGCCAGACCGACGUGUCCAGCGCCAGCCCCCUGGACCUGAAGAUCGACCCCGACCACAGCCUGGAGAGCAUCCGCCGCUCCUUCUACCUGCCCGUGGGGCCCAAGCUGAUGCCCGAGGCGGACGAAGAGGACAACAGCGAGUACGACUCUGACUCGGAGUCGGAGCCCGACCUGAGCGAGGACUCGGACUCGCCGUGGCUGCUCAGCAACCUGGUGAACAAGAUGAUCUCGGAGGGCUCGUACCCCAUCAAGUGCCCGGACGAGUGCUUCCAGAACAGCCACUCGCUCUGCGACACCAUCUCGCCCGCCUCCGACCUGGAGCCCGAGAUCCUGAGCGAGGCGCUGGACGAGGAGCCGGGCCCGCGGGACUCGCUGGCGGCACCGGCGGACGCGGCGGUGCCGGCGCGGUGCCAGCGCGGCGCCAUCGAGCUGGUGGACAUGGAGACGCUGCGCAGCUCCCUGGCCGAGGCCGAGCACGCGGCCGCGGAGCCGCCGCCGGAGCCGCCGGCCGAGGAGCCGGGGCCCUUCCUGUUCCUCAGCAACCCCACCAACGACACCAUCGCGCCCGUGUGCCCCGGCCGCCCCGUCGCCCUCGGCCGCCUGGACGCCUCCGAGGUCCUGGCCACCCUGGGCUGCCGCCCGGCGUCACUGCCGCGGGUGUCCCCCGGCUCCGAGCCCGCUGUCCCCAGCGGGGAUCGCCGCCCCGCCAGCCCCCGGCGCUGGGCCCUCGAGGGGGACCUGGACUCGGGCGUGCUGGAGGCCGACUCCAUGAUCGACGACGUCCGGUUAGCGCCCGACGCCGACCCCGCCGCGCUGGACGUGUCCACGGCCAAGACCAACCGCGGCUUCGCCAUGGCCUUGGAGGAGGCCGAGCCGCCCUUGGUGGCCCCGCGCCGGGGCAGCCCGGCCGGGGAGGCGCCGGUGCCGCCGGAGCCGCCGGCGCUGGACGAGUCGCUGGCCUACGACUCGGUCAAGUACACGCUGGUGGUGGACGAGCACACGCAGCUGGAGCUGGUCAGCCUGCGGCGCUGCACGUCCGUGCUCAGCGACGACAGUGACAUCCUGAGGGCCUGCGACGACGAGGUGGCCUUUGGGGACGGGCUGGUGGCCCCCGACGCGCGCAGCUCCUCCGAGGACUCGUCCCCCGAGGCCGACCUGCAGUUCUCCAAGAAGUUCCUCAACGUCUUCGUCAACAGCACCUCGCGCUCCUCCAGUAAGUGGCGGUGUCGUGUUGGGACGUGUCGUGACAUGUCAUGA